CACUACCUAUGCCUAUGCGCCACAACCACUAGUUAGUUAUACUUUCAAACUUUCAACUUCGAAACUCAUUCCCACGCGCCACACGCGCCACGCACGCGCAUGCUCUGAAAUACCAUCACCGAAAUGCGCCGGCGCUGCGCAUGGAGAUAACCUACGCAUCCCCCAGCUUCGCCGACCUCUCUUCAGCCUCCAUGACGUCGCCGGCGACCAACACUACCUCCGCUGCCGCCGGAACAGCCACAUCCCGUCCGGUCAGGAUCAUCCCCCUUCAGCACCCGAACAUUACGAGGACGUCUUCUUCUUCGUCUUCCUCGUCGCCGCCGCCGUUUCCGUUCUCUCGGUGGGCGAUGAAGCUCCGGCGAAUGACGUGGAUCGAGUGGAUCGAGUUCUUCCUACCUUGCAUGCGAUGGAUUCGCACUUACAAAUGGCGCGAGUACUUCCAGACCGAUCUCAUGGCCGGCAUCACCGUCGGCGUCAUGCUCGUUCCUCAGUCGAUGUCUUAUGCAAAAUUAGCAGGACUGCAACCGAUAUAUGGACUUUACUCUGGAUUUGUUCCCCUAUUAGUGUAUGGGCUAUUUGGUUCUUCUCGCCAGCUUGCAGUUGGUCCAGUCGCAUUGGUUUCUCUCUUAUGCUCCAAUGUGCUAAGUAGCAUAGCUGACCCAUCCAGUGAAUUAUACACCGAACUGGCAAUACUAUUGGCUCUUAUGGUUGGGAUAAUGGAGUGCAUAAUGGGAAUCUUGAGGCUGGGGUGGUUGAUUCGUUUCAUUAGCCAUUCAGUGAUAUCUGGGUUUACAACUUCUUCAGCUAUCAUCAUUGGUUUAUCUCAAGCAAAAUACUUCUUGGGAUACGAUGUAGUCAAUAGUAGCAAAAUCAUACCACUGGUUGAGAGUAUAAUAGCUGGAGCACAUAAGUUUAAAUGGCAGCCUUUUGUGAUGGGGUCAAUUAUGCUUGCAAUACUACUUACCAUGAAACACCUGGGAAAAUCAAGGAAGCAGCUAAGAUUUUUAAGAGCCGCAGGUCCCCUCACUGCAGUAGUUCUGGGAACUAUCUUUGCGAAAAUAUUUCAUCCAUCAUCAAUUUCUCUGGUGGGAGAUAUACCUCAGGGCCUUCCGACAUUUUCUGUUCCUAAAGCUUUCGGGUAUGCAGAAUCUUUAAUUCCAACUGCUGCUCUUAUAACUGGUGUGGCGAUAUUGGAAUCUGUGGGUAUUGCCAAGGCAUUAGCAGCUAAAAAUGGGUACGAGUUGGACUCAAAUCAAGAGUUGGUUGGGCUUGGUGUUUCGAAUGUUCUUGGCUCAUUCUUUUCAGCAUACCCUACUACAGGUUCAUUUUCAAGGUCAGCUGUUAACAAUGAAAGCGGUGCCAAAUCUGGAGUAUCUGGGAUUGUUUCUGGAAUUAUAGUGACCUGUGCACUUUUGUUCUUUACUCCAUUGUUUGAGUACAUACCUCAGUGUGGUCUUGCUGCUAUUGUUGUCUCUGCUGUGAUAGGUCUGGUAGAUUAUGAUGAGGCCAUCUUUUUGUGGCGUGUAGAUAAAAAGGAUUUUCUUCUUUGGACCAUUACUAGCAUUACAACGUUGUUCUUUGGUAUUGAAGUUGGUGUACUUGUUGGGGUUGGUGUCUCACUUGCCUUUGUCAUUCAUGAGUCAGCAAAUCCACAUAUUGCUGUUUUGGGUCGUUUGCCAGGGACAACUGUUUAUAGAAAUGUUAAACAGUAUCCUGAAGCAUAUACAUACAACGGAAUUGUAAUAGUUCGUAUUGAUGCUCCUAUUUAUUUUGCAAACACAAGUUAUAUAAAGGACAGGUUGCGGGAAUAUGAAAUCGAUUUUGUUAAUUCUACAAGCCGCUGCCCCGAGGUUGAAAGAAUUUACUUUGUGAUUCUAGAGAUGGCACCUGUGACCUAUAUAGACUCUAGUGCUGUUCAGGCUCUGAAAGACUUGUAUCAGGAGUACAAAUUACGGGGCAUCCAGAUUGCAAUAUCAAAUCCAAGCCCAGAGGUUCUUCUUACCUUGUCUAGGUCUGGGGUGGUGGAUCUGAUCGGCAAAGAGUGGUACUUUGUGAGGGUACAUGAUGCUGUUCAAGUUUGCUUGCAGCGUGUUCAAAACCUUAAAGGAGUAUCCAACGGUUCAUCAAGAGCACCCACUCUUUCAGAAGACAAACCAAGCUUGCUUGAGCGAUUACUAAAACAGAGAGGAGAAAACUUGUCAAUUACCGACUUGGAGUCUGGUAAUGGCAGACCUCCACCCUCCAAUAAUGACAAAGCUUCCCAUUUGGAACCGUUGUUACCAAAACAACAGUGAAGUUUUCUUUCUAGGUUUAGUGUAAAAAAAAUGUAUUUGCCAUUAUUUUGAAUUGUAUGAUUGUUGUAAAAUGUACUGAAUAAACUUUCAAGCAAUAAUUUUUUUGUGAAA